UUCAAGCUUACACUUCACUCACUUCCAACACCUGCGAUCGAUCCUCUUCCUCUAUAUAACCAGCCACCAGGAUCCCCUGAUUCCCGUGCAAAGAAAGCGUUCUUGAUUCAUCCAACACUUGGUCAGUCACUCCGUCGCGCCAUUAAUCCGAGCUGGCAAGCUAGCACCGCCGCCCAUUCCCUCUGCUUGCUAGAUUCCCCACUGCACCUGGAGAUCGAAGCCGCGCCGCCGUCGCAAGCAUGCAGCCGAAGGACGCCGCCGAGGACAUCGUCAUCGCAGGCGCCGGACUUGCCGGCCUCGCGGCGGCGCUCGGACUGCACAGGUAUGCAGAUGGUUUCGGCUACUCCUGUGAUCCUGUCCAUGUAUGCCAACCGAUCCAGCUGGACUUGCUCCGCUUCAAACUUCACCUGCUGCACACCCAGUAACUUCUGUAGGAAAGGGGUGAGGAGCCUGGUACUGGAGUCGUCGCCGUCGCUGCGGGCGUCGGGGUUCGCGUUCACGACGUGGAAGAACGCCUUCCGGGCGCUCGACGCCCUCGGGGUGGGCGACAAGAUCAGGGAGCAGCAUCUGCAGGCCCGGGCGUUGCGCGUCGUGGCUUCCGCCACCGGAGAAAUCGUGCGAGAAGCAGACUUCACAAAGCAGGGGAAACGAGGGCCCCUGGAAAUCCGUUGCGUCAGGCGCGACCUGCUGCUGCAGGCCUUGGAGGAGGAGCUGCCAAAAGGCGCCAUCCGCUACUCCUCCAAGAUUGUCUCCAUCGAGGAGGAUGGCAACAUCAAGAUCCUUCAACUAGCCGAUGGCUCAGUUCUGAGAGCAAAGGUACUGAUCGGAUGCGACGGGAUCAACUCCGUGGUGGCGAAAUGGCUGGGCCUCGCGAAGCCGUCCUACUCGGGGCGCUCGGCGGCGAGAGGCCUUGCGCAUUACCCGGACGGCCACGGCUUCGAGCCCAAGUUCCUGCAGUUCGUCGGCCACGGCUUCCGCUCCGGCAUGCUGCCCUGCAACGAGACUGACAUCUACUGGUUCUUCACCUGGACUCCAUCCGAACACGACAAGGGCGUCGACGAGAGCGCGUCGAAGAUGAAGCAGUUCGUGCUGGACAAGCUCCGGGGCUCGAAGGUGCCUGAAGAGGCGUUGGCGGUGAUCGACAAGAGCGAGAUGAGCGACGUCCUCGCCGCGCCGCUGCGGUUCCGGCCGCCGCUCUCGCUGGUAACCGCGAGCAUCAGCAAGGGCAACGUGUGCGUGGCCGGAGACGCGCUGCACCCGAUGACGCCAGACCUCGGCCAGGGCGGCUGCUCGGCGCUGGAGGACGGCGUCGUCCUGGCCAGAUGCCUCGGCGAGGCUCUUGUGGGCAAGGACGCCAUGGGUAGCGCCGAGAGCGACCGAGUCGAGGCGGGCCUGCGCGAGUACGCCCGGAUCAGGCGGUGGAGGAGCGUCGAGCUCAUCGCGACGGCCUACACGGUCGGCUUCAUACAGCAGAGUGACAAUGCGAUCGUAAGCUUCCUGCGGGACAAGUUCCUGUCGGGAGUGCUCGCAGGGAGGCUUCUGAAAAUGGCGGAAUAUGACUGCGGCACGCUCUCAAACUAGCUCGUGCUCUUCGCGAAGGGUUACAUGAAUAAACCUAAAAGAUAAACAAAUUAUAUUGAAGAAGCUUCUAGGCACUUUCCACUCCGUGUCCCAUCUCUAGUGAUCUCUUCACGCUGCCUUUGAUGAAUGGGACAGUGCAAAACGCCACAAACACACAACAAUCCUUUCGAGUAACCACAAACUUAAGAGGCUGUAGUUGAUUGGAGGACAUUUCAUGAUUGCAAUGGCGGAUGACAAAAACUUGGGGGCACGACCAUUGGAGACGCACCGAUCCAACCUUCAUCGUAGCACCUCUUAACAAGGCGAAACUUAGAGAUUUAAUUACACCAUACUACUGCUACUAACUGGCUAGAAGAUAUGAAGGUGGAAAGGCACCCAGCUCCUUCCCUUCACUGGAGAGGACGCGCGGAGUGGGGUUGGAGCGGUGGCAGCCCUUUCGCGUGCACAUGCACGGACACUGAAUAGAAGUGUUUCUUAA